AUGAUGGGCAUGCCACUGAAGCUAAAGUGGGGCAAAAAAAGUGGGCGAUAUGAUUUAAGUCAGGAUAUUUACGUGCUGACAGUCUUCAUUGGUGAUUAUGCCAUUCUGCAGUGCACUCUGACUACCGAAAGUACAGCAAGCCAGUGCAUGGAAUAUCUUAGCCAGAAAGUGGAUCUCAACCAGGUUUUCAUAAAUUCGUUUACUCAACAGUCAGUAUCACUAAGAUCACUCGAAGGAUAG